AAGGAAUAGACUCACUAAACUGUAUUAAAUUAAUUACAGAACAACUAGAAUGGGUAUCUGCAUAUCCCUUGCAUCUUCAGAGAUUCAUGGGGUCCCUGAAGAAGUUCAUGAUGAGAAUGUGACAAUAUUUGAAUCAAACAAGGUCCUAAAUGGGAAUAAGAGACUUUGCUCUGUUUAUUCUAAACAGGGAACAAAAGGACUAAACCAAGAUGCUGCCUCACUUUACCAGGGUUACGGGAUGGAAGAUGGAGCAUUUUGUGGCGUUUAUGAUGGACAUGGAAGAUAUGGACACAUAGUGAGCAAAAUGGUAAACAGUCAUUUGCCUUCACUCAUUCUGAGCCAAGGGAAUGCUCCUGUAGAGAUUAAUAAAAUAGAAAAUGGUGAUGACAACACCCCAAGCAAUUUUAACACAGUGGAAGAUGACUUGGCUCCAAAGAACUUUCAGAAGUGGAAGAGAGCCAUUGUUAGUGCUUUCAUGGUGAUGGACAAGCAGGUUAAGCUACAAGAGAAUCUAGACUGCUCUUGCAGUGGAACUACUGCAGUAGUUGUCAUUAGACAGGGUGAAGGUCUUAUCAUAGCUAAUUUGGGUGACUCAAGAGCUGUCUUGGGAACAAUCCAUGAUGAGAAACUCACAGCCAUUCAAUUGACCACUGAUUUGAAACCUGGAUUACCUAGUGAAGCAGAAAGAAUAAGGAGGUGCAACGGUUGUGUGUAUGCUCUUAAAGAAGAACCACAUAUCCAGCGAGUGUGGUUGCCUAAUGAGAACUUCCCUGGCCUAGCCAUGUCUCGAGCUUUUGGAGAUUUCAUGCUCAAAGACCAUGGUGUUAUUGCCAUCCCAGAUAUUUGGUAUCACCAUGUAACAUCAAGGGACCAAUUCAUUGUUCUUGCAAGUGAUGGGGUGUGGGAUGUGCUAAGUAAUAGUGAGGUUGCAUCAAUUGUGUGGAUGGUAGACACUGAAGAGGAAGCAGCAAAGGCAGUUGUGGAAGCAGCCACUGCUGCAUGGGAGAAGAAGUAUCCUUCCUCUAAGGUAGAUGACUGUACAGUGGUUUGCCUCUUCCUGCAGAAGAAACCACAAUACUCUGGGCAUAUGAAAAGUGAAAAGUUAGGUUAAUGCCCAGUGACAAAAUAGGCUCUUUGUUUUACCAUUUACAGUAAAAAAACAUUUACAUUUCCAUGUCAAUUAUGUUCGGGCAGUUUUUUCCCUUGGAUGAAAGUACUUAUACAAAUAACUUAGCCAUAUUGGGAUA